GAAGCCCUCAGCAAACAUACGCUUCUACACAGUACAGGGCCCCUAUACUCCCCGAGAGAUACACGACUCCGGAAGCAAUACAAAGCCAGUCAAGCCCUCUCCCGGUACAACAACCAUCAGUCUCCGAGAAAGAGACCUUCAAUGAAAUGUCUGGACCCACACAAGGAGAUGGGAAUCGAGUACCACAGCCGUGCCCUACGCCAGAGCAGGCAACCCUGAGGCGAUCAGAGAGAGUGCGCCGCAGACCUUGCAGAUACAUUGAAGAAUACUGAUUUACAAUGACUGCUGUUAGUUACCAUUAGAACAAUGUUAGAAUAUUUACUUGUAUAGGUCAAUUUAGAAGUAGACCAUAAGUUACACGUUUGUAUGUUAGGUUACUGUUCAAAUGGAAGAAGUAGUAUUGGGCUACCUGUAGUAGCAGAGGGACUAGGGGGACUGGGGCGAAGUAAGAUGGCGGCCUCCUAGAGCGAUCGGACUACGAUUGUAUGGUAGCACCUUAGAGUAUCUUAGACACAGUAAACGUCUUACUACACUUGUCUCCGCCAUUGGCAUUGUGGAUGCACAUACACUCCUCCUUGGUCUGUUUAGGCAUGCAAGUAAAGUCUUUCAGGGGACCAUUCUGGAUGCAUUAUAUCUUGAGUUAGCAAAGGCUUGCGGCAUACGCACACAUCCAAAGGAUUUUGGAACGUUUUCCAUUAAUGCCAUGAAGAAUCUCCAAAUGCAAGGCAAACCCAACUUGGUUUACAAAUGGUGCCAGUGCUUUCAUGGGGUUAACCGAUCCUUGCAGCUAGAUAGGAUGCCAUUUGGAAUGAUCCAGUACCGCAUUGAGUUUUUCAGUUGUACACAUAUAGCACAGAUAUCUGUGUCCCCUGACUAUAAAAUAUGGCUAGACACAAUGGAGGCAGAGUUUGGUGGUGGGAAGUUUAAGCGCUUGUUUCGUGGCCCUAUGUGGAAUGGCUGUGACAAGAAAGACAUUGGUGAUCCCUCAAAGGCCAAACCCAACAUACCAUGCAGAAGCAAACAAGCCCAACUGAAUGCCAUUGCUAAGAGUGACUUCUCUUCUAAGCCAGAAAUACAGACUGAUGGGACUGAUGUGAAGGAAGCCUUACAAGAGUCAUUAUUAAAAGUAUGGAAUGGUGAUGUUGAUGGAGCACUUGAAACCCUACAGGGACUGUAUGAUGACCGACUCCAUGUAUCGCAAGCUCUUAGUGUCCACAAAUUGUGUGGGAAAGAGUUAAGGGACCCAGUAGUGGCUGUUAACAAUGAGCUCAAUAACAACAUCCUGUUUCUCUAUUAUGGGCUUGCCAAGGCUGUUCAACUCUUCAGAAAGAAAUUUGAUCCCCCCAACACAAAGACUGAGAAGUUGAUGUCACUCAACUGGGAAAUUGUUGAGUUUAACACGCUUUGAGAGUAGGCAACUCGCUUUAGAGUAGUAACAAAAGAAAUGUUGAACUGUCUGGACCCUCUUCUUAGCAUGUCCAAAGAUUUGAAAGAGAGUCUGGAAUCCAACAAGGAAAAAAAGCCUCCCAGGAUGUUGCCAGCUUGUGAAAAAAGGCUGGAGACUAUGAUCAGUUCCUGAAGAACCUCUUAAAAAAAAGGCAAUGUGCCACCCACGUCCUAGUGUUCAUGGUAUCUGACGAAUGCAGAGACAAAAAGCCUUAUGCUAUUCCUGUUCAGUAUAUCCCAUACCACACCAUCAGGGAUCGAGAAGUCAGGGACCUCACCAAGCUCAACAAAGUAAAAAUGACCAAAGCUGGGCUUCCUGUUGUUGGUACUUGUACUGAUGGAGAGUUUGAACAGCUUCGAUGUCGGUGCGAGACUAGACCUCUGCAAGUCUGGCAAAAUAGUGCAUGAUUCUCGUGAAAGUGUGGGCAAAAUGAGCAAAAAUACACUCCUCCAGAUGCUUCAGCUACAAGGAGUUGAAUAACAAAAACAUUUAAUAAAACCCAUUUAGUGUCUUUUCUACCACACCUUGCUUAAUGUCGCUUUACGCGUGAAAAGGAAAUGCCCGCUUUGCAACGCAAUGAAUACACUAGGCACGACUAUGGCAGAAUAUGGGGGGAGACAGACCGAUCGAAAGCGAGUUAGCGUGACGUGACGACUAGCGCGUGACGUAGCAACUGUAGUGUAAGCAUAUGACCUUUAGGCCUCACUCAUCUCCCCUACACUCCGCGUGAAGGAUCGGACGAGAGUAUUGGCUGGUCCACAAACGCACAAGCACACCUUAUAGCAAACAAACCCCGCUUGGGGAAGUCGUCAGACAGAACUAACCGCAGACUCUCGGAGAUACUCCCCGGUUUAUUACAAUAAUAAAGCAAUGAUUAAGUUAAUACUUGUUUACAGUUGAUCGCCAAGCUAACACUGCCUGUACACACAAAGAAACCUGUCAGUAAAAGGGAGGGAGGGUGGGCAAAUGUUUCUUUACAGUACCCGUAGCUUAUGAAGCGAAAGAGCGAAUGACUUUACUUUAGGUGUGGCGCUUUAUAUAGGUAGAUAGCGACCAAUAAGAAUUAAGAACGUGUAUAGUAAGGUAUCUCACGUGAAACAUAUUGAGUAAUACCUGUGCUAUCGUAGCA